GCGCUUCCGGCCCGGCCGAGCUGAGCGCGGCCCUGCCCGGCCCGGCCCGGCCCGGCCCCGCGCUCGUUCGGGGCUCUUCUCCUCUCCGGCCGUCCCCCCUCGGCUCCCCCGGGCACAGCCGCGAGGUCUGGGGGGUCGUUCUUGCCCCCGAGGUUGUGGGUGCUGCCAGCCCCGAGUUGGCGGCCUUGAAACCUUCGCGGCCUGAGGAGGCUGGCAAGGCAGGUUUGGUGUCCGUGGCUUGUAGGAGUUAAAGUACAGCCUGCAGAAUCACACUUCGCAGCCCUGCAGCGUACUUGGGCACCCAGAACCUUGGCGGGCUUUUGGUGUGGGUUUUUCUUUAUCUAAUAUAAAGGAUUACUGUUUCCAGAGGGGUUUUUUGUUGUUGUUGUUUGUUGGGGGCUUUUUUUCUUUUUUUUUUUUUUUUUUUCUGGCCAAACGUCCUUAAAACUGAAACGUUUCCACGAAGCAAUUGCUGCUAACUUUCCCACUGGGCCUAUGGAGCCACGAGGGAUUGUCAAAGCCUUUCCCAAGAGGAAGAAGGUGAGGGAUGACUCGGAGAAAAGCAUCCCUCCAAAGAUCCUGAAAGAGCAAGGAACAGAGAUACCUGAGGCAGAGUGGCUGAAACCAGUCAUCGCCUACGUGUUGCAAGCCGGCAUUGGCCGGGCCAGGGCCGAGAUCUUCCGCAGGCAGAUUGCCCAGAACGGGGGUGUGGUUCACAGCCAGCUCUCCUCGGAGGUGACACACGUCAUUGUGGCCGAGGACAUGGACUGCGAGCGCGCCUUUCGGCUCCUCAGAUUAACCAAGCUGCCCCCAGGACUGCAGCUGGUGAAGGCAGCCUGGCUUAGUGCUUGCCUUAGAGACCAGAAGCUGCUGAGUACUGCUGGCUAUGGUGUCUUUAUCCCUCGCAGGUACCUGGAGGAGGAGGAAUUCCAGAAUGAACAGCAACAGAUCCUCGACAGAGAAAAAAUCCAGCUCCCAGCAGAGGAGGGAGCAGUGAAACUGAGUACUGAAUCACAGGUGGAGGAUUCCUCACAGCGAGGCUUGGGCACCCUUGGACAGCAGCAACUGGCUGAGAAAUAUUCUGAUGAUGAAGACAGUGAAGGAGAAGAUGCUGGUGUCACCCAGGGAGACCUGGAAGCAUUGAUUUCUGGCCGCUACCCUGUGAAAUCAUCCGAGGAGAUCAGUGACAGCUCUGACACAGUGGCCCAGCCUCCCAGCAAGUGGGUUUGUGCCCAGUCUUCCAACACCAAGAAGGAAAAUCACAACCAAUGCAUCACAGAGAAGUUGGAAGUGCUGGCAAAGGCUUACUCUGUCCAGGGGGACAAGUGGAGAGCUCUGGGCUACUCCAAAGCAAUCAAUGCGCUCAAGAGCUAUCACAAACCAGUCACCUCUUACCAGGAAGCCUGUAAAAUCCCUGGGAUUGGGAAACGGAUGGCAGAGAAGAUCCUGGAGAUCUUGGAGAGUGGGCACCUGCGCAAGCUGGAUCACAUCAGUGAGAGUGUGCCCGUGCUGGAGUUAUUUUCCAGCAUCUGGGGAGCAGGGGUCAAGACAGCUCAGAUGUGGUACCAGCAGGGUUUCCGGACACUGGAUGACAUCCGCACCAAGGCCACUCUGACCAGCCAGCAGGCUGUGGGGCUGAAGCACUACACGGAUUUCCUGGAGCGCAUGCCUCGGGAGGAAGCUGCAGAAAUAGAGCAGACUUGCUCCCAAGAGCUGAUGGUUGAUCACUGUAUGGUGUGGCAUUGUGCAGGACUGGGUGGAGGUCACUCUGGCUCACUCUUCCCCCGACAGCAGGUCAGACAAGCUGCCCUGGCCCUGAAGCCUGGCCUCGUGUGUGUUGCCUGUGGCUCCUACCGUCGGGGGAAGGCCACCUGUGGAGAUGUGGAUGUGCUGGUCACUCACCCGGAUGGGCAGUCUCACCGUGGGGUGUUCAGCAAGCUGCUCAACAGCCUCCGCAGGAGCGGCUUCCUUACAGAUGACCUGGUGAGUCAGGAGGACAACGGUGAUCAGCAGAAGUACCUGGGUGUGUGCCGCCUGCCCGGGCCGGCGCGGCGUCACCGCCGGCUCGACAUCAUCGUGGUGCCGUACCGCGAGUUCGCCUGUGCCCUGCUCUACUUCACGGGCUCGGCUCACUUCAACCGCUCCAUGCGCGCCCUGGCCAAGACCAAGGGCAUGAGCCUGUCGGAGCACGCGCUCAGCUCGGCCGUGGUGCGAGGCCCUGGGGGUGCCAAGGUGGCAUCUGGCCAUACUCUGCCCACCCCCACCGAGAGAGAUGUCUUCAUUCAGCUGGGGCUGCCUUACCGGGAGCCCUCCGAACGGGACUGGUGAUGCCUGGUUCUCACCCUGGGCUUGCUGCUGUGCUGCUGUUUUGAAGGAUCUGAUUUCCCCAGUGGUGGAAAGGCUCUGUGGUGCCUGCAGGCUGAGGAAUAUAUCCCAGCAAACUGGGGCUCCUUGUAAGCAUGAGGCGUGGCUGCUGGGCAGAGCUCUGUGGCUUCCUCAGCAGAGGCUGUGGGCUGGACCCACACUGGAAGUGCUCUCUUGGUGUGGCUACCAAAAGGGCUCACUGCCCAUCCCUGCUCUCCCCAACUUUGGAAUAUUGGGUUGCAGAACCUUGUGAUCCAGCCCCUUACAGUGCUUGGGAACAGGGGAAGUGGGAUGCAUCUUCCUCUGUAUCUGAGCACUGACACUGUGAAAUUUCUGUUCUGAGCUGUGAAUGAAGGCAGCAGAGGUCUAGCUUGGUUCUGUGACAGGCUUUCCUCCUCACUACUGCUGGCAGCUGCUACUGCAGGAGUCUCAAGGGGUUAGCCUGUGCUGCUGCUGUGUCCUGUCUGAGCUGAUGUGUCCUUUGAUGGGUCCUAUUCCACAGGGCAAGACUGCUGUGACUGCCACCAGCUUUCCCUGGUGCCAGCUAAGCCUUGAAAGAGACAUAGGGACCUGAGGUGCUGUACCUGCUUGCUCCCAGCCUUGUGUUCUGAGGAUCCUCCAGAUUUACUCAGAGCCCUGGUCUGGCCCAAGACCUCCUUUCUUGGUGCGGGAGAGGAGCUGAGCUCACAGCUUGGGGAGGUGUGCUCAGGAGGGAUUUGAAUGUAAUGGCACUGAAUAUAACCCAGCAGCGCUGUGUGUCUGUCUGUAGGAGGCAUGGAGACAGAGAGAAGCACAAGGAGAUAGUCAAGUUGUAACUGGGGCAAAGCAAAAGCUUUUCCCUUUCUUUUUGUGUGGAAGCCAUGGAGUCAUCUGGUUUUUGGUCAGGGAAAGUGUGUGUUUGUGUAUACGUGUGCAUGUGGCAGGUCCCACCAGUUCCAUGGGAGUGAAUUUUAUUUCUCAGGAAACAUUGACUGUUUUAUAUUGUGGAGAUGAAUUUCCCAGAGUGCUCUGUCUGUUGCAGGUAUUGCAGUGGUUUAUCCUGGCAGAGAUGCCCUGGUGGGCAUUUCCGUGCCAGGACCCCUGGGCUCUUGCUCCCUUGUGGGGGAUCUGGCCCCAUCAGGUACAGUGACAAAGCUGCACGUUUGCUGCUAGGGCAGGCACAAACCAGGUGGGUUUGCACAGUUCCUGUGGCUGCUGGGCACCAGCAGGGCUGGGGCUUUGCUGGGGUGGCCCACACCCCAGCAGUGGCAUUUGUCAACCCAGCCUUUCUGCUGGAUACCUGAGGGAAGUGAAUGUCUUUUGGCAUGUCUUGGUGCUUUGAAAUUUGAAGUGUAAUAAAUAAGUCCCUUCUAUCUUU